AUGGAUUCUGCUACGGAGAAUUGCAACGGUGUGAUCCCAAACGGUGACGUUUUGGGUAUCUCUGCUAAGCGUGAGAAGCUCAUUAUCGAUACUGAUCCAGGAAUCGAUGAUAGCAUGGCGAUAAUGAUGGCGUUCCAAACACCAGAGCUGGAGAUUUUAGGACUGACUACUGUGUUUGGUAAUGUUUUAAUUGAAGAUGCUACUCGCAAUGCAUUAGCCCUGUGUGAGAUUGCUGGCUUCCCUGAUGUUCCCGUUGCAGAAGGAAUUUCUGAACCCUUAAAGGGUGGAAUUCCCCGUGUUGCUGAUUUUGUGCACGGCAAGAAUGGGUUAGGAGAUGUCUCUGUUCCUCCUCCGAGUAGAACGAAAUGUGAGAAAGGUGCAGCUGAAUUUCUACUUGAUAAGGUUUCAGAAUUUCCGGGUGAAGUCACCAUUCUUGCCCUCGGACCUCUGACCAACCUGGCACUAGCCAUCAAACGCGAUAGUUCCUUUGCAAGUAAUGUGAAGAAGAUUGUUAUACUUGGUGGAUCCUUCUUUGCUUUGGGAAAUGUCAAUCCCGCAGCUGAGGCGAAUAUAUAUGGUGACCCGGAAGCGGCAGAUAUCGUGUUCACAUCUGGAGCAGAGAUCACCGUUGUUGGUAUAAACAUCACAACUCAGCUUAAACUAACAGAUGAUGACCUAUUAGAGCUGCGUAACUCUGAGGGAAAACACGCAAAAUUGUUGAGCGACAUGUGCAAUUUCUACAGAGAUUGGCACGUAAAAUCCGAUGGUGUUUACGGAGUGUACCUCCAUGAUCCGGUCAGCUUUGUGGCUGUGGUACGGCCUGAUCUAUUCACAUAUAAGAAAGGUGUUGUUCGGGUGGAGACUCAAGGAAUCUGCGUUGGCCACACCCUCAUGGAUCAAGGCCUCAAGAGAUGGAACGGGAGCAAUCCAUGGGUGGGAUAUUCACCAGUAUCGGUAGCGUGGACGGUGGAUGUAGACAGGGUUUUGGAAUAUAUCAAAGGAAUGCUGAUGAAGCCAUAA